GAAAUUAUACCAUUUCAUAACAAAUAAGCAUUUUUAUAAAGAAAUCAUGACUUCUCAUCCUAAUCGUUCAAGCACUUCCUGAAUUGUAUUGCAUUUGAAUGUCCUUCACAUCCUUACUUAAUUCAGUAUCUGUUUACAACAUAACAUUCAGGAAAUCCAAAGCAAUUCACUUUUUGAUGGUAAAUUGAACAGGAAAAUACAUCUCUAAAGUUGGCUUAAUUCCUCUAGUUGGUGCCCAGCGAAGCAGCAAAUUACAAGAAGGCAAGGACCUCCAAGGGCAGAGAAGGAACUGGAGGAAAUACCAUCCCGAGGAUCUGUUCACAUUGGAUUGAUCAUGUUUUGUUAAGUCACCAUUUUGUUUUAUCAGCAGCAUGCUUUAGACAUCAGACAGAUAUUGAUCACGGGUCAAUAGUAUUGGAACGUUAUUGCAGAUUUGAGAGAAAUAUACAGUCAUUUUGUCUUGCUAUUAUUGGCAAAUGGGUCAUGAUGAUGCAGUUCAGUAAUGUAAAUGUAGGUCACUGUUCAGUUAAUCUUUUUUUUAAUGCUGCAUAAAGACAGCAUCAGUACAAAUAAUGAAUGCAGUAUUUCAUUGAUGACAAAGUAUAUCAAAUACAUGCACAGCAAAUUAUGUUUUCAAUUUUCUCAUACAUUUGAUUAACAAAGUGGUCUUUAAGAGCAGUCUCUAGUACUCCUGGCUUGUUAGAAAUGUACAGUGUGGAUAUGUUUGCAGAAACUACAUCUUCAUAUAAACGGAAAGAUUAUGUCCAGAACACAGAGAACUGUGUACCACACAUCAAGAGACUCACGUGCAUUGAAACAAGAAGCAGGAAAUGCAGUACACAGGAAAGAAGAAAAAUGAACUUGGAAGGGAUAUACAUCACGAUCCCUUCAACUACUGGUAGAUUGAUCGUGCAAUCUUUAAGAAAACACGGAACAAAUUUCGUGAAUGUUUUGAAAUGGGACAUAAUUAUCUCCUCUUCCUAUUUGACAUAAGUAAGUAUUCUGCAGAUAUCCCUAAAGCAUCACUCUGUCCAGCAUGAGAUGACAAUGUUGCUAAUACAUUAUUUAUUCAAACUGAACAAAAACAAGUAAGCAUUAUAUUGUCUGCAUUUGACAACAUUGUUCAGAUAUUCCUCAUAAUAAACGGUCACCUCGUGAAAACAACACUAGCAUCUGCAAUAAAUGGUCAUCUUAGAGAGUUAAGUUAUUCCGCAUAUCAGCUGUUCAAAUCAUGGGUCAGAUUUGCCGUGGAUAGCGUGUCUCCCUCCCUUCAACAGAGGAAAUGAAAUGAAAAGGAGUAUCCUGUGCCACCAACAACAGUAAUUAAUCAUUGACAUUUACUCCCAUUUACCCUGGACCUUGUAAAGUCUGAAGCAAAAUAAGUGCAUUAGUUUAGCAAGCCCCAUAGGUACUGAAGAUUCAUUUGAAAAACGAAUUUCUUCCAGAGCCACAACAUGCAUAUUUGGCGACUGUUCAAAUGUAGGUUGGAAGGGGUAGUUAGAGAGGCUUUCCGUCAGAGGGUUGAAAUGAAGUAGGGGACACUUCAGGCCCUGCUCUCUCCACCCUUCACCCUCGGCGCUGGCUGCUAACCCUCAGGUGGAGUGCAGCAGGUGUUAAAACACACUCUGCCAUAGAGCUACUCACUGCUAAUGAGUCCUGUCUCCUUAAACUCUCUCUCUCACUGAUGCUUCCAUGCACAUAGGGCUUUGUUUUUAGUGUAGGCCAGUUAGAGCCGUGCCAUGAUUCCAUCCGAAGAUGAAGAAAUCCUGUAAGACUGGCCAUUACAAGGUGAGGAGUUUGAGCUGCCGGGGGAACAGGCUAGUGGUGUUUUUGCUUUCGGCUCAUCCACAGCAGAAGGACUCAACAUAGGCCACAUUGAAAAAUAAAAUGAAGAUCAGGAUGGUUGCUGCAUCUUCGUCACCCUCAGUGAGUGGUGCGCAAUGGAGUAUUUCUGAUCUCCGAUAUUGGGGAUACUUUUUCUUCUUUUUCAUCACAUGAUUGUCGAUAUUAAGUAAGUGAAAAUGAUGACUAAUCGUCGUUAACACUUCAUCUCAAUGCUGAAUGAAAUGUGGAUCUCCUGUAUUCUUACUGUAACCAUAAAUGUUCAACGUGCCUGUUAUAGCCUAAGGAUCAGCGUGGUUUUUUGAACAAAAUGUUCUUCGAAAACUGAGCCAAUAACAAAGGGAAACGGCCUAAUCUUUAGUCAGUCGUUAGUUUCGGGUAAAUCAAACGUCCUCUGAAAAGCAUUGUUCAUGUCUACAUAGGCUGCAGUCGUAAUGGGAAACUGGCCGCACCCCCACCAACCUCGCUGGGAAUUAUGUUAAUUGAUUGAGACUAUGUUUAAUAUUCGGCUGUUUUACGAUUAAACUAUCCUAUAUUAUUAUGUUACAGAGUAAAUCGAAAAUGUUAAUUGUAAAAUUAUUUGUUUGAAUUUCACGACAAAUCAUGAUCUUCUAGGCCAUUUGGAUUUACCCACUGCUGGGCCAAUUAAUAGGCACUAAUAGAUACAGAGGAGGUGCGGGCAGCAUGACUAACAGCAUGGGUCUGCAUGCUCGCGCCAUAUUUAAUACGGUAUUAUAAAACGAUUUACUUCCCAUUAAUGGCAACUGAUGGUGCAUCAUUUAGUAUAUUGUGAGAGCUGGGCAAUACAUUUAUGGCAGCCAAGGACACCCAAUAUGUAUUAUAUCAAAGCUAUAGCAUAAUGCACUCCUAUUUAACAUGUACUGGACAAGAAUUUGGAAAUGGGUCAUAUUUAAUUUGAAAUUUAAGGUAUAAAUAAUACAUAUAAUCACAUCAUUGUCCACUCUCAACACAACCUGUUCAAAUGUUGUUGUUUUUUUGUUUGUUUUUGUUUUACAUUGCUUUACCAUGCUUCAAUAACAGCCGCAAAUGAAUUCUAUGUUUAACCCCCAAAUGGAACAUUUGGAGAUUUGCCAGCGGUGUAGUUUUUUACGUCGGUUGACAAUAUACACCUACUAGAUACAAUUAUUGUUUUGUAGAUUGAUAACGCACGUUAUAUAGGCUACUACAAGCAUUUUGUUUCUGGUCAUGAAAUGAUUUCACAUGUGGAGAAUAGAGCAAUAAAAGGCGUAUAGCCAGUGAUGGAAAAAGUACCCAAUUGUCAUACUUUAGUAAAAGUAAAUAUACCUUAAUAGAAAAUGGCUCAAGUAAAAGUGAAAGUAACCCAGUAAAAUAAUACUUGAGUAAAAGUCUAAAAGUCUUUGGUUUUAAAUAUACUUAAGUAUCAAAAGUAAAUGUAAUUACUCAAAUAUACUUAAGUAUCAAACGUAAAAGUAAGAGUAUACAUAAUUUCGGGUUCCUUAUAUUAGGCAAACGUACGAUGUUUUUUUUUUUUUUCAAAUUUAGGAAUAGCUAGGGGUACGCUCCAACACACAUAAUUUACAAACGAAUCAUGUGUUUAGUGAGUCCGCCAGAUCAGAGACAGUAGGGAUGACCAGGGAUGUGAAUUGGACCAUUUUCCUGUCCUGUUAAACAUUCCAAAUGUAACGAGUACUUUUGCAUGUUAGGGAAAAUGUAUGGAGUAAAAAGUACAUUAUUUUUUUAAUGAAUGCAGUGAGGUAAAAGUAAAAGUAGUCAAAAAAAUAUGAAUAGUAAAGUAAAGUACAGAUUCCCCUCAAAACUACUUAAGUAAUACUUUCAAGUGUUUUCUACUUAGCUGGCUAUAGCCUAUAUGGAUAAAUGUUGCAGAGAAACAGCCCAAUGGUUUUUACAAAUAUCAAGGUUAAGAAAGUAUUCCUUUUCACAACAAUAUUUUAAGCAUGAAACAUAGGUUAGUCAUUGCUUGAAUUUAUCAAUUCAACCAGGACUCAGAUAUUUGAGACCAUGAGCCAUUGCGAGUGUUAAAUAUAUGUUUAAUUAUGCGUAUGAAAAUUAAACAUUAGUGUUAUGCUAAUUCAUCUUGCUUCAGCUGUGGCUCAGAGCACUUGAGACUGGCAUUUGAUCAAAUAGACCUGUAAGUAAUAUAUAUGUGCAUGUGAACACCAAAAGACUCUGUCAAUAAUUAGUCAAUCUAUUACAGUUUGUUUUGAGAUAUCGAAACAAUAUCUAGUGAGAAAUAAAACAUAACUUUUCUGUUAAAUAGGCCUAUAACGCCUCAAAGUUACACUUCAAUGUAUUCAUACUGCUAUCUCUGAACAUUAUUAUGUUUAGUUGUAGUGUGAUUAAUUUGUAUGAAACACUUCUUAAAUGAGAAUAAUAAUAAUAAUAAUAAUAAUAAUAAUAAUAAUAACACAGGCUGUUUCUUAAUGUUUAAGUGAACAACAGGCCUAUCGAUACAACAGGAUCUUAACCAUAGCCUACUUGUGAUUGACAAUAAAAUAGGCUAUUUCUUUAUAAGAAACAAUUUAAUUAUUAUUAUUAUUGUUAUUAUUAUAAAAUAGGCUGGAUUUAAUUGUGUGUUGUUUAUUUUAAAGCAGAUAUUUAGGAUUUCAGUGUCUAGUUUGCUAAUACCUUUCUCUGCUACCUAAAGCAAUAUUUUUUUUAUUGACAUCUCCGGGCUGAAUCUCAGGUUUUGUUGUUUUUCUUGAGUUUAUCAGGUCCAAAGGACCCAACCUCAGGAUCGCCAAUCGGCAUCAUUCUUGGAUAGAGUGGACCAAUCAGCGACCGUCUUUGAUGAAUAUUCAUGAUCCCUGAUUCAAACCUUUGAGCGAGUUUGUCUAGACCCAGUGCAUCAUACCUAGACUUUUCACAGAGACAAACUACAUUUUCUUAUGAAUGGAAAGAGAAAAAAUCAGUACAGCUUAAAUUGGGAUCCAUCCUUCACUGAGAUCAUAGAAGAAAACAAAAAAGGAAGAGGAGAGAUCCGCCAGAAGAGAUGACAAUGACUACAAUACCAGAAAGUCUUAAUAGCCCUGUCACAGGAAAACCCGUUUUCAUGGAAUUUGGGCCACCGAGUCAACAAAUGUCGCCUUCCUCAAUGUCUCACGGACACUAUUCCAUGCACUGUUUACAUUCUGCUGGUCAUACUCAACACGAGAGCUCGUACAGUCCAGCCUCAUCUUUUCCUAGAUCUUUAGGUUAUCCAUACGUUAACUCCGUCGGCAGCCAUUCCUCAAGUCCAUAUCUCAGUACAGUGCAGUCGUACCAAAACAGCUCGGCACUAACACAGACACAGUUAGAAGAUACAGCACCAGAGACAGAGAAGAAUACAGUUGUAGAAGGCGGAGAGGUGCGGUUCAAUGGGAAAGGGAAAAAGAUUCGCAAACCAAGGACUAUCUAUUCCAGUUUGCAGCUACAGACUCUAAACAGAAGAUUUCAACAAACUCAAUAUUUGGCACUGCCAGAGAGAGCCGAGCUGGCAGCUUCAAUGGGACUCACGCAAACACAGGUAAAGAUUUGGUUUCAAAAUAAGCGAUCGAAGUUCAAGAAGCUGAUGAAGCAAGGUGGUGGAACAAUUGACAACAACACUUUAGCCCAGUUUAAUGGUCGCAUAUCUUCGACUGGCUCUCCGGUAGCACCGGUUUGGAGCUCACCGACCACGGUGAAAACAUCCGUGGGUACACCAGGGUCUUACAUUCCAAGUUACACCUCAUGGUAUCCAACUGCACACCAAGAGUCUAUGCAGCAACCGCAACUCAUGUGAACAUAACAGUGAGCUAAAAGACCUGCCCCGCCCUCUAUACUAUCAUGGCCCAUAUCAGGAGAUUUUGGGUCAACCACCCAGCGUGGCCUUGCACUGUCCCGCUGCAGCCAUGCACAGAUGUAAUCCGGAGUUUGCUCCCAAAGUUGCCAGCUGACAUGUCGGCCUCCUCAUGCCGACCGACGGGACAGAGAACAAGAGCCCUGUGAGCGGAGGGACUGAAAAGGCACCGUUCGCGCCCGAGGGCAACAAGUCCUUUCAUGUCACCGACAGACACCGGAAAUUGUUAUGAAAAAUGGGUCCUCAAGCUGCUCUUAUUAUCUUUUGUGACAUUUUAAUAGGCUAUGUGUUAAAGUAAAUAUAUUGAGCUGUAACAAGUCAGUGAGAGUAGGCUAUAUUUAUGUAUCCUAUGUUUGAUUUUAAGAUUUGCUUAAUUUCUUAUCCCAAUUAUGAUUUUAAAAAAUGGCGUAUGAAGACGCACGUUUCCAAGUAUCAGAUGUAGGUCAUGCAUCUCUAACGGAGGUCAACAUAGUGAUUUGACCAUCACCUUAAAACCUUGCUUUCAAACAGACAAAACUACCACUGGUCUACAGUGUAACUUUGACCAACGAAUGUAGGCCAAUCCAAUUAAUAGUCGUAUCAUUUUGAUGGGCAUGGAAUCGAAUAUCGAGUCCGUCCCUUAGUUCUUUCCUGCGCCAUUGCGCUAGCCACAUGUUGCUACCAUGCUGUUUUGUGUGUUAAUUUAAGUUAAAUUAUUUAGUUUUUUCAAAGUCUGUGUGUUUAUUUAAUAUGCAGGUGUGUUUGACUUAUGAAACGACAACAAAGUGUUGUAAAUGCUGCUCUAAUGCAAGCAAAACUCCUCUUCUACGACGGAGCCCCAAACAUUAUGUGAAAAAAGUUUAAAUGGCUAGUGGCUGCUUGAGAAGAGCACUAAGUUGAUCUCGCAGAUGAAAAUAUGGUUUGUCAUUGUUUGUUAUGUGUUGCGCGGGUGGAUGUACAUAAGGACAAGAUAUAAUAUGAUUUUUUUCAGCUUUGGUUUGUGCUGUAGCCUAAUGAUACAUUGUGAAAUAGGGUUUUUGUGUGUUCAUUAAGAUGAAUGUGUUAAGCAGUCUAUAGAAAUAUUUAGUUUUGUAUUGAUCACUUUAAUUUAUUGCUUUGUUUUAUUGAAGUUAUGUACAUAUUGUUGAAAACAGUAAAAAAAAGUAUGAUUUAAAAGGACA